CAGAAAACGAAUGCAAGAUCCCCGGAGAAGAAUAUGUUCAGUGCAAAGAGGUAUGCCCAAAAACUUGUGAGAAUUACAAGAAACCGAUAAACUGUCCAAUCUCGUGUUAUACGGGUUGCAUAUGCACGGAUGGUUUAGUUAGAAAUGAAAAAGGUGUUUGUGUUCAUCAUACCCAAUGCAAAAACGAGAUUAUUGGAGUUGAUUGCGGAAGUGAUUUUGAAAUAUAUAUGACAUGUGGCUGUGAAUCAACUUGCAAUAACCCUAAACCAAUUUGUAAUGACAGUAAUUGUAAAAUGGGCUGCAAGUGUAAAGAUGGAUUUGUAAGAAAAGAUAAGGAAUGUGUACCUUAUGCAAUUUGUCGAAAUAUAAUUAAGCCACCAAGUAAUCGGAAACGAUGUAAACAAGAAAAUGAAAUUUGGCUAGAUUGUGGACCUCUUUGUAUUCCAACUUGUGAAAUUCCAACACCUAUAUCCUGCGCAAAAAAUUGCAAACCAGGAUGUUACUGCCAAUCAGAAUAUAUUAGGAAAUAA